AUGCAAACUGACAAUGAAUCUGAUUCAGAAAUUGAACUUGUGGAUUACACCACCACGACCAAAGAAACCAUUGAUAGCUCAUUGUUCCCUGCGCUUGAGCUCCCAUUUACAGCACAGGAUGUCAUCUCUAGGAUUGAGCAAGCACAGCUCUGUCGAGCCAGAGAGGACAUUAAUAUACAGCUGGGUGACAUAAUGCUCAAUGUACAGAAGGUAAUAAAUCGCUACACUGUUGAUGAGCAUGUGCACUCUGGAAGGAAAAUCUCAUUUGUAGAACAUAAGAAACGGAGAAUGAAUUUGCUGGAGAAAAUAGCUACUUAUGCAAAGGCUGCUGAAAAGAGAGAAAAGAUUCUUGUCUACAUCUUGGCCUGGCUGCAAGAAUGGAAUGCCAUUUUGUCUGAGAUGACUGAAAUUGAUAUUGAUGAACACCACCACUGGAUAGCACAAAUACAGAUUUUACCAGAAACAUUCAAAGCCAUUGAGAAUAACGUCAAGACACUGACUAGAAUUAGUUCAUCUUUGAUGGAAGAAAAGAAGAAACAAAAGAGAAAACUAACAUCUAGAAGUAUUCUAUGGAAAUCUUGGAAAGACAGAGUUAUAAAGCGACCUGCAACAGCCCAUGCUUUAAGACCAGAUCAGAUGAUUAGCGAUGAAUUUGCAACAAAUAUCAAGGUUUCAGAAAUCCAAGAUAUGCUACAGGAACUCAUAGGCACUGCAAUGUUCAACAAAUUGGAAAACAACGCUAUUAAAUAUAUAUCAUCAACAAUAGCAAACCUUUCUACAGCUUUGAGUAGAGUAAAUGAGGAAGUAAAAUUUUUUAACUUUCAAACUGCCAAUAUGUAUACAAGUGAGCUAAGUGAAAGACAAAAGGAGCGCUCCCUGAAGAUAAUACAAGACCUCAGUGAAAAAAAUGAAAUACUUCAGCAGCAACUUCAAGAAACAGAACAACAAUAUGAACAAUUUAUUCGAUCUAAAGGUGUGGUAGAACAGCAAGUAUAUACAGCAUUACCCACAUCAACCUUGAAAGUGUUACCGGAGCCUUCUCCACAAUCAUCUACAGUCAUUAGCAAAGUUGAUGUAGAAGACAGAAUGGACAAUAUUUUGGCCAAAGAAUUUGAAAAUGUUGUAGAUGAUGUCCAAAGAACAGGGACAAAAGCCUCAGCGAUCAAGUGGGACUCAACUAUUUCACAUACAGGCCAAGUUGAGAUGACUUCAGAUUUAACUGAACAGCAACAGCAUUUACCUGGAAAAAAAAAGAAAAAGUCUCCUGAAGAUGUUACUGAAGAUAAGAUAUCACUGAAGAAAGGUGAUGUCUAUCAGAAAGAUGGGACUGACCUGUAUCAAUCACAGAAAAGAAAGCGCACAAGAGGCUCAUCCAUGCAUGAGACCUCUGGAUCAAAUCUGAGUGAUGAUAAAGGUAAAUACAAAGACUUGGAGACCAAACUUGAUCACCACUCUGAACUGCAAGCACUGGAAAAGAAGAAGAAAGAAGGAAAAUCCUCUUUUGAAGCCAAAUCAAAGUCACCCAUUGAAUCAAAAAGGCAACAUGUCCCUGAUGACUACCCUUCUACUAACACAAAUAUCAAAGGUGGCAAAAGUGGAACAAGUAGUAUGUGGGAUCAACCCAAGAAGGUCAAACCUGAACGCUCACUUGACAAAAGCCAAAUUUCUUUGGAGACUAAAGAGGAACCCACCACUGAGUCAAAGGACAAAAAGAGCAAACGUGAGAAGAGUAGUCAAGCAGAGCCAUCCAGGUUGACCCAACUUGGUUAUUCCUCUGAGAAAGUGAAAACAACAGGAAAGAAACAUCCAAUAUCUUUAGGAACCACCACAAGCAAAGAAGGAAUAAUUGAAGAGAAGGAUGUGUUAGUCAACAAGAAAGUCAAGUCUCAGGAACUUGUUAAAUCACGAUCUAGGACAACUAAAGAGACUUCAGAAUCUACCAGCGCUUUAGGAAGUCUAGAUGGCAAAAGUGAACAGGGUAACCUAGAAGAAUUUCAGAAAGCCAUAAUGGCUUUCCUAAAAGAGAAAAUUGAUAACAUAGGAAAGCCUUUGGAUAAAAAGACUGUGCCAAAAAAGGAGUCAUUAUUAAAAAGAGCAGAAGUUGAAAAAUUAGGAGUCAUAAAGGCAAAAAUGGAGGAAUAUUUCCAAAAUGUGGCUGAAACUGUGACAAAAAUCUUGAGAAAAUACAAAGAUAUAAAAAAUGCAGAACAAGUUGGAGAGAAACCUCUGAAACAAAGAAAGGUAGCCUCAUUUAUGCCAGGACUGCAUUUUCAGAAGCCAACUAGUGAAAAGUCUGAAAUUAGCACAUUACUCUCAGAUAAGAGCAUGGACCCAGUAAUUGGCAAUUUAAUACAAAUGAUCUUAACUGAAAUAGAAACCGAAAGAGAUGUUCCAGUAGACUCAAUAGAAGAGAGAGAUCACAAAGAGAAGGAAGAACAAAGGCAGGAGGAAUAUUUGCAAGAUGAUCAAGAAAAAAUUUUUGGUAUGAGUCUCAAAAACCAGUUGGAAGAAAGGAAUCUCUGGAAGAAGAGCCAUGAAAUGAUAAAUAAGGAUUUGGAGAAGGAAGAGGCAUGGCUCCAGAAGAAGGAGGGAAAGCAAGGGCAACAGGAGCAGAAACAGUGGCAGGAAGUAGAGGUGUGGAAGGAACAGCGAGAACAGAGGAUGCAAAAGCGGAUUAAGCAAGACAAGAAGCAAAAGCAAAGGGAAGAGGAGGAAGAAGAGCAUCAGAAGCCAAAGCAGCAGCAGCUGGAAGCACGGAAGCAAAAAAUGAAAGAGCAAGGGGUACCCUUGGAGAAGGACAAGGAACAGCAGACGAGGCAGGUUCAGAAGAAAGUGAGACAUCUGGAGCUGGAAGGCAGUUCAGAGAAAGAGCAGGGGGAGCAGAAGCCAAGGAGAAAGAUAAAGGACCAUGAAAGGCAGGAGCAGAAAAAAGCAAAGGAUCAGAUGAAGAUUAAGGAGAAAAGCUCUGAAGAACUAGAAAAGAUGUUCAGCCAAACUUCAGAGACGUCUCCCAAGUGGAAGAGCAUACAGAAAGACACAUCUCAGUUAUAUCAAAGAGAAGAGUUCCAUAGGAAUCUAAUGACAUUAGAUAUUCUUGCUGAUGGAAAGCACCCCACACCAAUCCCUCCACCCCACUCCACACAAUCUUCCUCACCUGGAGCCUUUCCUAUUUCUGGACAGUCUCCCAAAAAGUCUAUCACUCUUACCACUCAGCAGGCCCAGGCACUGGGGAUAAAUGUCACCCCUCAGCAGGCCCAGACACAGGGCAUCAGUCUCAGCCCUCAGCAGGCCCAGACACAGGGCAUCAGUCUCACCCCUCAGCAGGCUCAGGCACUGGGGCUCAGUCUCACCCCUGAGCAGGCUCAGGCACUAGGGAUCAGUCUCAUGCCUCAGCAGGCCCAGGCACAGGGCAUCAGUCUCACCCCUCAGCAGGCCAAGACAAAGGGCAUCAGUCUCACCCCUCAGCAGGCCCAGACACAGGGCAUCAGUCUCAGCCCUCAGCAGGCCCAGACACAGGGCAUCAGUCUCACCCCUCAGCAGGCUCAGGCACUGGGGCUCAGUCUCACCCCUGAGCAGGCUCAGGCACUAGGGAUCAGUCUCAUGCCUCAGCAGGCCCAGGCACAGGGCAUCAGUCUCACCCCUCAGCAGGCCCAGACACAGGGCAUCAGUCUCACUCCUCAGAAGGCCCAGGCACUGGGGAUCAGUCUCACCCCUCAGCAGGCCAAGACACAAGGCAUCAGUCUCAGCCCUCAGCAGGCCCAGACACAGGGCAUCAGUCUCACCCCUCAGCAAGCCCAGACACAGGGCAUCAGUCUCACUCCUCAGAAGGCCCAGGCACUGGGGAUCAGUCUCACUCCUCAGCAGGCCAAGACGCAGGGCAUCAGUCUCAGCCCUCAGCAGGCCCAGACACAGGGCAUCAGUCUCACCCCUCAUGAGGCCCAGACACAGGGCAUCACUCUCACCCCUCAGCAGGCUCAGGCACUGGGCAUCACUCUCACCCCUCAGCAGGCCCAGACACUGGGGAUCACUCUCACCCCUCAGCAGGCCCAGACAGAGGGCAUCAGUCUCAGCCCUGAGCAGGCUCAGGCACUGGGGAUCAGUCUCACCCCUCAGCAGGCCCAGACAGAGGGCAUUAGUCUCACCCCUCAGCAGGCUCAGGCACUGGGCAUCACUCUCACCCCUGAGCAGGCCCAGACACUGGGGAUCAGUCUCACCCCUCAGCAGGCUCAGGCACUGGGGAUCAUCUCCUAUUCUGGCUUAAACAACCUAAUCAAACGAUUACAAGCCAUCCAAAACACUGGGAAAGGUUAUGAGACCCAGAACCUCUACAUAAUGCUGAGCAGAAUUGAUGACUACCAGAAAAAGGUGAUGCGGGUCUGGACCAAGAAGCAGAAGUCUCUAGAGCAGAAACGGAAUCAAUGCCUGAGGAAAAUGAUCCUCUUAUUUACCAAGCUCCAAGACGUGUAUAAAUUGCAUCUUAGUCAACCUAUCCCUUUGAUCAUCAACAAAAAGCAGAUACCUGCCUCUACCAAAUUUGUUCAACAGCCAUUCCUAGAGCUACUGAUGCAAGAGGACAGAAAGCCUGACAUAUUCAAGAAAUUUAGACAAGAAGACCAAAUGGAAGCCAUUUGGAAUGCUGAUCUGUCCACUUCAAGCUACCCAAUAACAGAGAAGACAUCAAUACAUUCUCUCUGGGCCCAGCUGGGUGGGUACCCAGAUAUUCCUAUGCUGCUCCAGUUAGAUGUUCAGGCUACCUUCAGAAAAUCUCUUGCAUUCAUUCAAUCACAGUAA